AACAUCUGAUAACCUAUAAAUCUAAGAAUUCUUAAGGAAUAAACUGGAAAGAUUUCACCCGAAGUCUAACACUGUGGUCUCUAGUUCUGCUAUUCUCCGGAGAUUCUCAAUUACGUAAGGAAACAAGCCAUAAAAACAAGUCUAAAGUGGUAUGAUGGAGGUUAAAGGUGAAGCUGGGCUUAAGAAGCUAGAGUUCAAGAAAGCAUAAUGAUUACCAAUGUCAAGGAAUCAAAUAGGCGGACUCAAGAUUUUAUCAUGGGCGUUAGAUGUGUGCUAAGUUGAGAAAGAAGGAAUCUUCUAUUAACAUUUAAUGGCUUUUAUUGAUACAAGCUUUGCCAAUAAAUUCCUUUGCAUUCACAUUCUAUUUUGCUUCUUUCUCAUCUUCAUCAAUAUCCUGUGUCCAAAGAGUGAGGUUAUCUCUUAAUAGCUCCAUUAUAGAAGCUGAAUCUCUUUCAUCUCUUUCUUCCAUUGUAUCAAGUUCCAUAAUAGCUGAAUCAAAGGCGCUUUUAGCAAGUUUACAAGCAAUUUCAGGAGCCUCAACAAUUUCAUAAUAAAACACAGAAUAACUCAAAGCUAGGCCAAGCCUAAUAUGAUGGGUAGGUCUCAAAGAUCUUGCCACAUCUAUUGCUUGUUUAUAAGCCUCUUGGGCUUUCUCAAUUGAUGUCUUGUCAUCACUUUCUUUAUAAAGUUCAGCUAAGUACCUAUAAUAAUCACCUUUCAUUGUGAGGUAGAAAACUGUUGAAUCAAUUUCAGAAGCUCCAGCUAUCAAUGUCUCAUCAAGGAGAGAAAGAACCUCUUCACAGAGACAUCGAACUUCCUUGGCGAUUUUAUCUUUAUAACCAGAAAUAAGUCACAAAUUUGGUGAAGCUCUCUGUUUCUCUUUAUCCUCAAUAGCACAGAUAGAUUUCCAAGCGAGCCUUCUAGGGCCCACAGAGUGCUUAUAGGCGACUGAGAAGAGGUUCCUUUCUUCAUUGUUAAGCUCUUGAUUAUUCUCGACCACUAA